GCGAUCAAAAGAAUUUUGUAGACGCCCAAAUAACUGGAUUUGCAAAGCAAUUUGGUUACAAAAGGCCGAAAUCAUGAAUCGAUUCGCGACAAGAACCUUUCACUGGAGCGUCAGCUGGAAUUUGCUGCAAUUGAAAUAUCCACUCUUAGGGCUGAAAUUCAAGAGCAUUCUAACAGAAACCAUGAGAUCCAAGCACUGCUUGACGAUAUCCGAAUGAAAUCAGCUUUGUCAGAAGAAAGCCUUCAGGCAGACCUGAGUAAAUAUCGUAAGGAACUGGAUUCUCAGCAGGAAUUGCAACGUGAUACAACGCGAAAUUUGACGGAAACUCUCUUUAAGCUCCGCACCACAGAAGACAUUUGCAAUCAAGUUAUGCUUGAACGAACCAAACUUCAAUCUGAUGUAGCCCAUCACAAAAAAGAUAAAUUGGAGAACGAAGAAACUAUCAAGCACUUGAAAAUGAAAAUAACUGCCCUGGAGAAAAAAGUUGAUACUGUUGCAGCAUACGAUGUCUCUCUAAAUCAGACUUUGGGUGUUUAUGAAGACUUUAUAAAAACAACUCAUCAAAAAUGCCAAUUGAUGUUUGCUGAAUACUUAGAAGCUGCGCUAAAUGCCAAAGAACUCACAGUUGAAAUGAAAACAUUGAAUCAGAAUUUUGAAAUCAUCUCAAAAAAGGCCGAAAAUGUUGACGAAGAUUUAAAGGAUUUUAAUAUUUCUUUUGAGAAGUUCCUUGAGUUGGAAACAAUUUCUUCUACAGAAGUCCAGAAUCGUCUGGCAACUGCAAACUCCCGACUUGCUGCGUCAGCUGAGGCGCUCGAGAAGGCAGCGACCGAAAAGUCAUUGCUAGAAAACGCGAUCCAAUUGGCUUCAGCUGAAAAACUUGAACUUGAAAAACAAAUCGAAAUGGCCAGAGAAAAUUCGCUAGCUUCAGAAGCGAUUCACAAACAACUUCACAACCGAAACACUGCUCUAGAAGAAAUGAAAACAUCCUUGGAUCAACAAAUCGUGGAUCUUGAGGAACGUGUCCGCUCAGUAGAAGCUGAACUAACAUUGGCAAAUGGAAAAGUCCGAGAUCUGCAAAAUGAUAAAGUAGAAUUAGAAACUAAACUGGAAUCGCUUCAUCAUCAUUUGCAAACUGCACAAUACAAAUGUGAAAAUACAGUUGGAGUGUUGAUUGCAGAAAAAGAGCAGCUUGCGGAAAAAGUCAAAACACUCACAGAAACCGCUACAAACUGGAAAUCGUCAAACGAGAAAUUCUGCGCUCGAAACUCAGCCCUAAAGAGUUCGCUAAUAACUUCAGGUCAGCAGCUAUCGGAUCUCCACCAACGCAUAAGUACAUUAGAUACCGAACUAAUCCUGUCGAACGAAAAAAUCAGAGAUCUGGCAGUAGAAAAAACAAAUCUAGAAUCUCAACUGGGAUCAAUGCGCCAUCAGUUGAAAGAGUCCCGAGAAAAAUUCAAUCGAGAUCUGGAAAAACUGCGGCAUCAGCUAGACUUCGAAAAAGCUUCCCAUGAGAAUUGCAAGUCGCGCCUGGCCGCCAUCUCCACAAGUCCUCAGAAGUCCACAAAGUUGACGGACGAGAGGAAACAUAAAUGCCUCAAGGUCGCGGUGGAACUAAAUAAGAGGCUGUUGGACGAUAAGAAUUCAAAUAGCCCGAAGAAAGAAGCUCCACCACCACCGUUAAUUGUUACUAAGACAAACGAAAAAUUUCAGGGGCGUCCGUUAAGCGACCACCAUCAGCAAUCAGAGAUAGGCAAAGAGCCUCAUAAAAAUAAGGCUAUCUGUGGGAGUCCUUUAAGCAAGCACAGCCCCACAAAUCGUUCCAGAGAUACCGUAAACAAUUCGACUAAGAUUACAGAUGUCGACAAACGUGACAGUAAACAAAACUCCGAAGGACAUGAAUCGGUGACAGUUAUUGAGGAAUCUCCUCCUACCGCUACUCGAAAGACUCGACCUCGGCGCGCUGCGAUUGCUGCCAAUCGAAGCAUCCCUAUCCAGUUAGAACACGAGUCUCCUAGCAGUAGCGGUAGCAAUGGGCAAAGGGGAACUAAAAAAACCGAUGAGAAUUACAUUACUUCGUGAACGUCGUAAGUUAUUUCUCACGCCGUCUUCAUCGUUUCCUGGCCCCCAAAGUUCACCAACACAGAAUUCAGCUUCAGCUAAAACUACACCUGCAAAGGUUGACCCCGGGGAACUGUCAGAUUACGACGCCAAUGAAUCGUCUGCGAGCAAGCCGUUCGUACCGGUCAGUAAGACUUACGCACGCAAACGUUUGUCAAUGACAGCUCGUCUAGUCUCCGCCAAUACGGCCUCAGCUCAACCCUCCAAAAAACCUCGCACAACAACGCAGCAGCCAAAACCAACUGCAAAGAGGAGAAACUAAGCGGCAGAUGAGAGAAGAAAAUAUAAUAAUGCCGAAGGUGGGACGCGCUUGCCUCUUUGCCAUACACCUGGUAAACACCUGAUGCCUCCAGACGGGGCAGUGACCCACUUUCAAAGGUGUGCAAGAGAAAGAAAAAGAAAAAAAAAAGGGGGACUCUCAUCUGGACACGUUGUGGGAGAGCUUUGUACCGUUUUUUUUUUUUCUUUUCUUCUUCCUUAUCCGCGAGAGCGUCUCUUCCUAUACACAGCAAAAGAUUGGGGGAUAUCUGUCAGUGUAAUAUCGUGCCCGCAUCGUAGCGCAAUUUUCUUCGUCUAGUGUAUUUUGAUGGAUCGGCUAAAUGGCCAAGUUAUGACGCAACCACGCGAAAAAGAGCCUUUUCAAAAGUCGAAAAAAAAAAAUAAAAAUAAAAGAAUAAGAAUAAAGAGAAGACCUUUUCCGGGUGUUUUGCUUGACGUGGCGACGAGGAAAACCUUUUAUAAUUCUACUAUAACGAAAUUCGAAAAUUCCUUCUCGGCUUUUUUCUAUCGUUCGGACGAGAAGAAAUUGAAAACAUCGGCAGCGAAAAGCCACAGCCCGAAUAUAAGGGGGGAAACUUUCAAGUAAUUCCAGCCUCCCUUCAAAAAAGAAAAAACAAAAAAUGUGGGACGACCUAAAGGACUGCGUCCAGACAGAUCAAACCCAUUGAUAAUAAUACAUCGAAAAUAAAAAAGUAAGUGAAAAAUUAUUAUUUCCCUUCAUUUUCCAGGAAUGCAGAGCUUGUUUACCUUGGCUUAAACGCUGACUCCCAUCAAUUAAGAUUUUUUUCAACAUUUUUUUAGUUGAAGAGGGUAGACAUUUUUAUGAUGAGAUCGUGGCUUGCUAUUCCGACCGUUUGCGAAAAUCGGUCGUUUGGGUACACUAUGGAAACUCGACAAAACGAAUCUUUUACGCUGUCGUAGUUUUCCGAUAACGUUUUCUUAUUUUUCCUAACCUCCUUUCGAACCGUAAAAAUCGAGGAAUGGGGUCCGCUUUAAAAAAUAAAAAUAAAUAAAUAAAAUUCAAAUCGAGAAAUCGCAAGAUGGAACUUUUCGUGGACCAUAUGCCGUUUUCGAUUCGCAUGUAAGCACGAAAACGAUACGAAGAUUUGAUGCCGAAUAUUCUUUCUCGCUAAAAAAAAAAAAAGAGAUCUAACUGGAAAUCAGCAUGUGUUUUGUAGCGGUUCCAGGUUGCCGCCCAGUUGGCAUCAUCUCCGCAGAGAUGAAGUCUAUUUUUACGUGGUACGUGAACAAAGCGACGACCAUAUGGCAGCUUUCCAUCUAAACUAGGAUGUAAUCGCACAUCGAUGCAACAGAGAUUUGAAAUUGGCCGCGUUUUGUUCGAUGCGGUCAAAAAUAAACAAAAAGAAUUCAGAGAUGAUUGGCUACGUAGCGAUGCCGAUGAGUGUGCCAUAAUUCAUUUGAGUUAAACUAAUCUUGUUUAUUUUUUUCAUUUUCAUAACCGCAGAGAAGAAGAAUGAGGAUAGUAUAUUAUAUUUUCUCUAUUUUUUUUAAAUUAUGUAUAACGAGUCCUACAUCUGUCUUUGGAAAAUGACAUCAUUCUUUCGCAAAAAAUUAGAAUCCAUCCUCCAUAUUCUAUGAUGACGUCAAUGUGCCACUAGUCUAUUUGAACCACUGUGUAACUCUGCAUUUUCUUUCGUGAAAAAAAAAAAGAGAAAGAAAAUGCUGUUACUGUUUCACCAAACAGAAGGGGAUAAUUAUAGUAGCUUCAACAUUUUUUUGCAGAAGAAUUGUCCCCAACAGCGAACGGCCCCCUUUUUUUUUUAUCGAUUCCCCGCCGGCCUGAUUAUGUCAGGAAGCGUCCUGAUUCUUAUCAUCCACACUCUCCUUUGCCACAUAGAAAAUAGAGUCAGACAUCCACGACUCGUUCGAUCUAUUGGGGACAAGCCUUGGAUAACUCGUUCACUUUUACUUCGUUUGACGUCACGUUUCCAUUUUCUAGUCAAAAACGGGAAAGGCAUUUUUUUUUUGUUUUGUUUUCCAGGUUGGUUUAAAACUAACCCACCGUAUAGCAGACGGCUAAUUGAAAGAAUUCGAUGAACGUUACUAGUCCUGUUGUGUGUUGGACGAUUUCGAUAGGUCAUUCGGAACGUGGACCAAGUCCGAAUAACGUCACCUGAAAACGUAACUGAACAGCGCGUAAAUUUUGCGAAAAAAUGUGUUCCAGAACGGAUUAUUAGCAGGUGUCGUGUGUGGGCGCACAUUGGAUGGUCUGCAACCCACCUGGAAAACAUGUUGCCGUUGUGGCACCAAUGAGUUUCUAAUUGCCAAAACCAUUUUGGAACUCGAUUCGUUUCGAAUUUUCAUUUCAUUUCGUACGAUUUCCAUCGUUAAAGUCACGCGUUGCUCUCCUUUAUUGUUGCCAUACAACUAUAUGAAUCGUUACGAACGUGUUCAAUCCGCCUUAACGUUUCGUUCAUUCAAAUCCAUUUUUAUUCCAAGAACAAAUUUUAAUUCAUUUUUCCCGAUUACAUCGUUCAACUGGGUAUUGCCAACUGCCGUUUAAAAAAGGAUGACCGACGUAAAAACGGUCAGUCCGCGCAUCAUAAAAAAAAACCGCAAAAUCUGCUGCCAACCUUCACUUCUGCAGUGUAAGUCCAUGUCCAUUUGAACUGCAGCGGAGAAGGAUAGUGUUAUUUAUUCCCGUAACUGACCGUAGACAUUAUUACAUAGCUUAUGUCCAUAAUAGCAUAGAAGACUCAAGUGGAUGUCGAGAGGGCUGUACGCGCUUGUACCAAAACUCAUUUAGCUCUGCUACGUGCCGUAAUAAUAUCGCAUAUAAAAACAAGUAAUGACCGGUCAUUUCUUCUACGAAAAAAAUAAAAAUUAAGCCGCCAGCAAGUCAGAAAGGAAUGGCCUAUGCUGCCGUUGUUCCAUAAUGCCUCGUUCCGCUAUAAUAACCUUGUGCAACUCGUACGGUUUUUUUCUUUUUUCUUCUUCGACGGUGGUUUAUGACUUGACAAGAGUACUGUUUGUUUCUUUUGUGCGCUUUUUUUAAAUUUUAUUUAUUUAUUUUUUUUUUAUAUAUAUGUGGGUUACAUCGAGACCGUAAGCAGUAAAAAAAAAAAACAAACAAGUAGAUUCCAUUAAUAGUGUACCCUGUCCAAGUUCGUACUGUACUUCAAAUUGUUUUUUGUUUGUGUGUGUGUGUGUGUUUUUCAAGUGCGUAAUCCGAUUUACGAGGCAUUUAAAUUGCAACGAAAGUACGGGACGCCUAAUCUGCAUUUUCGCAUCGUAGAAUUAUUUCACAUCAUGAUUUACUUGGAUUUCUUGCAAGCGAAAAAUCUCUUUAAUUUCGAUGUGCACAUUACGAAUUUUCGCUGUCCUUUUUUCUUUCUCUCAACCAUACGGAACUUUUAUUUGUUUUUAUUUAUGUUUUAUUUGUGAAGAGGCCAGCAGCUCGAUGGCCCGUGCAAUUUUACCAAAAGAGAAAGAAAAGAACACGAGGCUUUGAUUCCGUUAUCAGGCCAUCUGCAACGGUUCACAGCGAUGAUGAAUUGAAAGUAUAUGUGUGUGUAAUACGACGUCCUCCCCUCUUUUGCGUUCUCGAUACGACGUCGUCCAUCCGUUUGCGUGGGAAAGGAGUCAUGAUGGAACGAGGCGAUGGCAGAGAUAUAAACGUGUUACAAGCAUAUGUAUUUUAGCUCCGGAUGACGAUGUAAAAUGGCUCUCUUGUACAUCCAGUUACAAAACGAAUCAAGAGGAAUUUUGGCGAUCGAUGGCGAUAUGAUUCGCCAAAAAAAAGGGAAGAAAACAAAAAUGGGUUGUUGCUUGCCAGAUGACGAGGCAUUGCAACACCAGCCAAAUUGGGGAAUAAGCAUAUUUUAACAGAUCCCCUCCCCCGUCCAGAUCCUUAAUGAGGCCAUGUAUACAUUUCUCGACUUUUGAUCGCAGACAUUGUCUAACUCAUUUCUAGGUCCGAUCUGGCCAAUGUAUGAUGACUCGUCUUUAUUUGUUUCAACGUGUUAACUAAGAACUGACUUUGUCUUCCGCAACGGUGGUGACUCUCACGCUUUCUCGACGAUGAAUUAGGUUACAAAUGAUAGAAACAUCAUCCUCCCCUCUCUUUUUUUUUCUUUUUUUCUAUUUGUAUGUUUUUAUUUGCGUAAAUUUCUCUAUAACAAACGUAGCAAAAUGCUAAAUUUGUUUUUUCGGUUGUUGUUUAUUUUUUAUGCGACGUGCCGAAAAAGUAAUUUGCAUUGAGAAUUCAACCUUUUUCCAACACGAAAAUAAAACAGGUUGUUGUCAAAAUGUUUCUUCACGAGAUGUCAGAAUUUAAAAAAAAAGAAUUGGGAGAAAUGAAUACCAAUGAAGAAGAAAAAAGAAAAGGAAGAAGAAGGAGAAAAAGACGAGAAAUAUGUGAAAAAGAAGGUCAAAGAAGCAACCGUUAUAAGAGUUCCCGAUCGGAGGAGCUGGCGAGCCACCACCAAGUGGCCAGCCAAACAUGGGGUGAGGGAAACAGACACACACCGGGAGCAGAGCCGCGCCGGGAGGACGGCCGAACUUGAGGACGCGCCGAACUUAACGAAAAUGCAACUUCCUUGUAAGGCCAUACCAGAAAGAGAGAGAGAGAGAGAGAGAAAAAAAUGAGAACUGGUGGAUGGUCAAAUGCGAGCACUGUUAGAGUAACUCGAUGUCCUGGACGAGUAUCUAACGGACAUUUUUUCCCAACGGUUGUUCUCUCCUUGUCUUCGUUAUUGUCUGGAUGCCUCAUUCCACACAAUCAACAAUGACGGGGUUUUCACGUUUCAAGGAAAUCAAAAUUGAUUGGAAAGCGUUAGUCACCAGCAAGAAGGCGGAUCCUGUUGAAAAUGAGGCUACCAGAGGGCGCUGGAUGUGGCUUAUUCACGUUGUCCCUUUGACCCUGAUGCGGCAGACGCACAGUUUCACAUGUUUAGAAUCCAUCACGAGUCUCUCAUCUACCGUCGACGAAUAACGUAUGGCCUCCAUCUUUUGUCGGAUGUUCAGCUCGUCAGCAUGUGCCACCUACUGAGCUCGCCAUCGACCACGUGAACCAAACCCAAGAACAGUAAAAUGCAUUGAACGCAGCUGACUAUGGAGCGAUGACGCACGGAGAUAAAAGAAAAUGGGGAUUUAUCCGACGAGAGCAUUUGCGUACAACAUUCGCACUAUACUUGGCAUGUAAUAUGAAGGCAGAUCCGUCCAUCAAAUGGUGAAAAGCUUUUGCUGCUUGAAAAGUGAUGUCGAAUUGCGCCGAUUGAAUUCCGUGUCGAUUUUUGUGAUCCAGUUCCACUUUACGGAACCGGUUGAUUUCGUUAUAUUUUCCAUCGUGUGUCCUGGAUGCUGUAAGAUAUCAAUUGCCCACGUCUCUCGCCCAAUUUGCUUUCAGGUCUGUACUUUCUCGACAUCAUUAAGCCAAGUUUGAGAUAGAUGGAAUGUAUCGAAUUUUUUUUUUUUCGGAUUGAAUGAAGCGAUGGUGUACAUAUAACUCCUCAAGAAUUUCCUCCUUUUGGAUGAAAGGAGUUUCGCGAUCAGACAGAUAAUGUUGCCAUACUCACGAAGAUGCAGACCCUCCAUGGUUGAGCAUGAAAAUUUAUCACUAUGGACGCCUCUUCCACCCACUGGCAGGAGAAAAAGAUCCGAUAACAAUCGCCCGGAAUUUUUAUCGAGAAUUUAAACAACGCAUACUAUUUUAAAUUGGGUGACGAGGAGAGCUGGUGAGCGUGCACUCUACAUUGUUGUAAAAUGCAGUGUACUGCGCCAUGUUACUAUGCCAUUUAGGCGUUUUGCUAGCAACGCCAAGAUUGUUCCAGCAGUUAUACAAAGAAGGAUGUCAUGGAAAUGGAUCAUUACCCUGGGAUAUCGGCUGGAUAGUGCAUGACCUGACGACCGUGGCCCAGUUUUAUGCCGCUCUAAGUAGAUCAUGCAGGGAUGACGAGCACGCGCAUGUCAUUCAAAUUUCAAUAUUUGGCUUUUCAAUUCUUCGAAAACAAGUUGCGUAAUCGAAUUACAACAUAGGCUUAGAUAUUAAUAUCCAGUCUAUGAAAUAAUAACGCAGUUGGUGACACAGUUUGCUGAAUAUGCAUCGGUAAUACCGGUAGUAAUCUUCUUUGAUAAAUCAUCACUUCCCACCAGUUGACAGCGUGUCUGGUGUACCGUAAACAUUUCCUGGAGUCUUCAAGUAGAAAAAUUCGCUUCCGAGUGCGACAUAAAAUCCAGCAGUGGGCGACAUAGACUUACUAUGUCUGUGUACGCGUGUUAUAGAUGGCAGGUCGUCCGCCUCCGUGGGUGUCUCGAAUCAUAUUCUCUUCCCCAAGAGAAAUAUCUUUAACGACCACCUCGUCUUGCUCCACAUCAAACAUCGCAUCAUAUAGAACAAAAAAGCUACAUCUAUUUCGGUUUCGAAAUAAAACUAACUUUUAGAUGUC